UUCCUAUGUCAAUGGGAUGUGCAGUCCAUGUUGUAGCUCAUGGUUGGAACGUGUUUGAAAGAUCGGAUAAUUCUAUUUGCAUUUUAAUAUUUUCAAUAUAUAAAUCAUUUGAUCAUGGAUUCGAAGGAGUCAACUGAGAACAAUACAAAUAAUGAAAAUAAUACCGAAAAUGUUACUUGGAAAGAUUUGGGACUUGUAGACAUACUUUGCAAAACGUGUCUUGAUUUAAAAUGGAAGGAUCCUACCAAAAUUCAACGGGAAGCUAUUCCUUUAACGCUCCAAGGCAAGGACGUAAUAGGAUUGGCAGAAACUGGAUCAGGAAAAACUGCUGCUUUUGCGUUACCUAUUUUACAAGCGUUAUUAGAAAAUCCUCGAAGAUACUUUGCACUUAUAUUAACACCUACGAGAGAACUGGCAUUUCAGAUUUCAGAGCAAUUUGAUGCGCUAGGAUCUAGUAUUGGUGUGAAAUGCGCAGUGAUAGUAGGUGGAAUGGACAUGCAUGCGCAAGGAUUGACGCUAGAGAAGAAGCCUCACAUUAUCAUUGCUACUCCUGGUAGAUUAGUCGAUCACUUGGAGAAAACAAAAGGGUUUAACUUACGACAACUACAAUUUCUGGUCAUGGACGAAGCAGAUCGCAUUUUGAACAUGGACUUUGAGGUGGAGGUUGAUAAAAUUCUUCGAGUAAUACCGAGAGAAAGAAGAACAUUACUAUUCUCCGCGACCAUGACUAAGAAAGUGCAAAAGUUGCAACGUGCAUCUCUGCGAAAUCCCGUGAGGGUCGAAGUGUCCACUAAAUAUCAAACUGUAGAAAAGUUGCUGCAGUACUAUGUAUUUGUUGCGGCGAAAGAGAAGGACGUGUAUCUGGUGCACAUCCUGAAUGAACUGGCAGGCAACAGUUGCAUGGUAUUUUGCGGGACUUGCAAUAACACUACGAGAACUACUCUACUAUUACGAAACCUGGGAUUCACGGCAGUACCGUUGCACGGUCAGAUGACGCAAAAUAAGAGAAUCGCCGCGCUUACGAAGUUCAAGGCAAAGAACAGGUCCAUAUUAAUUUCCACGGACGUUGCUAGCAGGGGUCUGGACAUUCCACAUGUCGAUAUCGUCAUCAACUUUGAUAUUCCUACGCACAGUAAGGAUUACAUACACAGAGUAGGUAGAACUGCGCGUGCAGGUCGAUCAGGCCGUUCCAUCACGUUCGUCACGCAAUACGACGUGGAACUGUACCAGCGAAUAGAGGAGUUGAUAUCGAAAAAACUCCCAUUGUAUCCCACGGAAAAGGACGAGGUGAAGAUACUGCAGGAGAGAGUGAGCGAGGCGCAACGAACAGCAAGAAUGGAGAUGAAAACCAUCGAGGAGAGCAAGAAAAAAUCGGGUAAACGAAAACACGGCGCCGGAGACGAUGACGAUGAUGAUGACACAGAACAAUCGAUGGGCGUGCGGAGGAGGUUGAAAACGAAAAACAAAAGAAAACGGCAUUAGACAUCGUGAGAUCAUCUCGUAUUCAUAUUGUACGUUCUGCACUAGAUUGUAAAUACAUGGUAAAGUACAUUGUGCUCCGAUGAAUUAGUAGACGGAUGAUAAAACGGAGAAACCUGUAUGUAAAAAAACGCUGUUGUAAGGCUUGAGUAAGGCUAAAAAAUAAAGCAAAAGUUGUUUAUAUUG